UUUUUCACUCUGGGAAAAAUUUGAAUGUUUAGGCGAGCCGCUGGCUGAGUGUUCAUUCUUAAUAUAUGUUAGUCAAAUAAAUUAUUUUGCAAUAUAUUUUGUUAAUGCAACAUGUCGACAAAACAUUUAUAUGCAGAUCAAUUCAAGAAGAAUGACGAUGUGUUCAGAAACACGAUGGAAGCUAUUUUUCAGAAGUAUUCUAGUCUCAGUGAUCAUGGGAUAGACGUCUGUCUGAAAACAAUGACCUGCAGGACUGGUAGAGGUCCUGUCCCCAUUGACAGUGCAGAAGGAGAACGUGAGUUGGAAGCAUUAAAGACUCGGGUUAAAGGUGACUGUUCGAUGAGGGAGUUUGAGUACCAAGAAAAUGAUCAGUUUCAGAUGGACGUGUCAGGAGUGACUGAAGACGAUCUUAAUGGCUCCGGUCAAAAAGAAAACAAUGAAAAUCUGUGGCACGGAGGUGAAUCAUUCCAGCUCUCUAUGAAUCUGAAUAACACACCUCCUGAUUCUCUAUGGGGUGAGUCGUCUCAGCCUGAGGAAGAGGAUGAAGAACUAGAGAAAACACUGAGCAGCCAUGGCAGUACCCUCCUGGAUGUCUAUCCCAGCAUGCUUAACCAGAUCGGCGAGGCAUACCGGCGACAGCACGUGACUGAUACGGCGAGAGCCGUGGUGCAAAAGUACCGCCGCAAACACUGGCAAUCUGCCCCGACUCAUCGCAAUGCAUCCUCUAAGAACAGACACAACUGCACUCUGAACAAAACAACAGAGAUCUCAUUUACCAGUCAAAGUCCAGAUCGAAGAAACAUCAGCGACUGUUUCAAGAGCAAUGACAAACUACAACAUUUGCUCAAGAACAAACCAAGGUCUUCACCACUUAAAAAUUCAUCCUACGAGCCCAGUGCUUGUUUUUACUCACCCAGGAGGAACACUGCGGAUGUGAGCGGUGUGACGGAUGAGUGUCAGUGGACUGACUUGCAUUUAACCAGUAAAGCUGCCCGUGUGAUUGACUUGUCCACACCUCCAUAUUCGGGUUCCCCCUCAUAUAGUGACCAAUCUCCAGAUCUAGACCAAACCUAUGAUGUUGGACCAACAUCUCAUGCUGUUCCAGCCUCAUCAGUCCUUGCUUCUCCACGACGAAGCAGAGCAGAUGUGUCUAUUAUUGACCAGAGAGGAUUAUCGGUCACCUCCCGAACUUCCUCAUUGGACAAAGACUGUUUUAGGGACCGCCUGCACUCUCCUGUCCCCUCUCCUCAGCGCAGUCUCGUUGGUGUUUUAUCUCCAACUGGGAAAAGUAGCUUCAGACCUAGUGUGCUGAUCAUGGAAAGGCAGUUAAACUCAACAGCAAGUCCAAAGCGAAGUGCACCUUCUCCUUCGCACCCUCUAUCCCAUUCUGAGGUCCUCAGAUCUCCUUAUGGUGUCAAACAGGUGCCAUUGUCAUCACCCCGGCGGUCCAUUUACAACCACCCUGACCAAAGCUUAUCUGAAGUAGAGAAACCAUCCCGUUUUACUCCAUCCCACCGUCAGCGCUCUCUUUCUGGCCCUCAGUCCACGUACUCUUUCACCGAACCUCAGAUUGAUAUCGAGUUUAGAAAACUCUAUCACCACUUCAUCUGUCGUGGUACAUCAUCGCCGUGUCCUUCCUCCCACUGUCACCUGUGUGAGAGACACCUGAAGGAGAGGUCUCGAAGCCCCAGCUUUUCCUCCUCCAGCAUGUCUGCUCUCGCUCUGACACCCCUGAGGGCCAAACUCAAGAAACGCCGCCGUCAGCCCGAAGUGGAGGAGUCACUCCGAUUUAAACGCUUCCGAGAGAGUCGUUCUCCACUUAAACAUCUCCAGCUGAGAGACCCAUACAUGUCCCCUGGAAUAUCAGAACCUACCGAAGACAAACACACCUGGGAUAGGGCCGUCCUGCUGCAGUGCCCCAGUCCACGGUUCCUCAGUGGCACCGGAAACCUCAGAAGAAUCAGGGAGGCUAAAUUAAGCAUGCAAAUGAACCCACGUGCUUUGUCUUGGAGAGAUGCCCCAAGCGGAGUCCAUCCAGUAGGAGCUGUGUCACCCAUGAGACUGAUUAAUCAGGGUAUCUCCCCACUCUCUCCUAGUCUUUCCAGGAGGCGACUACAGUACGGUCUUCUGCAGUGAUGAGCUUUCCUGUACACAUCCCACAACCUGCAUUUCCCCAUGUGGGAUAAACACAUCAUAUAUAUAUAUAUAUAUAAAGUUCACCCUAGUGAAAAAGCACAGGGUGGCAUCAGUGUGUAGACACAGUGUUUUCUUCUGUUUCUGUCUUCUUGUUUAAAAUAUAUGUACAUGUAAAUGCAUCUGUGUGUUACAAUGCUGUUGUGUAAAUAUAUUUCCAUCAUUUAAAACAGCCUUGUGUUUUAAUAUAAUCAAUUUUAAUAGAACCCAAGUUUUUUUAAAUAGGUGUCCAGUUACUUGUGCACUGAUGAAUGGUAUGUUUGUCUGUAAAUAAUUCAA